UAGUCUUUCCCUUCAUUCUCCGCAUAUCCUGUGUCGCAGGCCUGAUGUCAUUGUAAAGGGACCGCUGGUUUUCCCACGUGGAGAAGGGCUGCCUGUUAGUAGAUUGUAGAAGGGAGUUCGUUCGUGGAGAAGCGUGGUAGCGGUAGCAUCGGUUGUUGUGAUGGCAUUGCAGAGUGCCGAGUUGUCUCCAGAGGGAGUCGAGACGGAACGCGAGGAGGAGUUUCCGCAGUCUGGGGAUGGAGAAGGAGUUGCCGCCUUGGUCAAAGUCGCAGCUGAGACGCUGCAGGCCGCGCCCUUGGGCAAGAAGCGAAAACAGGCUCCAACCAUCCCUAAAGGAAAGCCUAAAUCCGGUCGAGUGUGGAAGGACCCCGGCAAGAAGCGGUUUUCCCACAUGAUUCAGGACAAGCCUUUGCAUACGUCCUGGGAACGCAAGAUGAAAGAACGUCAGGAAAAGAAACUAGUGAAAGAUCUUGCUCAGCAACUGGAGGAAGAAAAACGAAGGGAGCGUGAGGAGAAAAAGCAGCGGCGGGAGGAAAACUUAAAACGACGGCUGGAGAAUGAGCGUAAAGCAGAGGUUGUGCAAGUGAUUCGGAAUCCGUUAAAACUGAAGCGAGCAAAGAAGAAGCAGUUGCGCCGUAUUGAGAAGCGAGACACACUAGCACUGCUGCAGAAACACCAGGCACAGCGGAAAGCAGCAAAGGAAUGAGAGAGGCACUCUGACUUCUGUCUGCAUCCUGGCAUAUUGAAAAUGACUUCCUGGGAUGUACAAGACAGGAUGAUGGUCCCAGUGCACCAGGGAGCUUGGAUGCAUUGCUUGUUUUUGCCUGACUUGACUUACAACUAAAGACCAGAUUCUUACAAAGAAGUCUGCACUGCAACCAGUUGUUCCAUAGCUGAUGGCGAGGUAGAAUGCUGCAGACUGAACUGCUGGGGAUUAUUUUAAAACAAAUACCUUGCAGGGUAGCAAAAGUCUUGGGUUGUUUUGAAAUGGGGCAAAGUCAAGCCUGAAAGCAUUUGAGGAUUUUCAGCAUCUGGAAUGUAGGGUUAUAUAUUAACAAUAACCUGAUGGGGGGUGUGGGGUGGAAGGGUAUAGUUGCUUGGUUCUAAAGUGGUUGAAACUGUUUGGCUGUUUUGGAAACUAAAAUUACCCCAGUUAUGAUCUUGGGCUGUAAAGCAACAGGUGACUUGCAUGGCUUGGACCUGACUGGAGGUUAAACGUUAAGCCAGAUCUGUCACCUUGUCCAGAUUCGCUCUUUCUUCUUAAUGUACCUCCCAUGUGUUGUAGUGUAAGAUGUGCAAGUGCAGCAGCACGUGCCCACACGAUCUUGCCUUCCCUCCUUCUCCCCAGUAUGUGAGCCUCCUAAAAAUUGUUCCUAGGGGGUCGGGGGAUCCUCGAAUGGCAUGGGGAGCUGCAUUGGGAAGUGGGGGCGGGGAUCCUCAGAAACAGGGGCACCUUCUGUGAUCAGUGCUCUUUUUGCUGAAGGUGUGUGUAUAUCUUGUUUCUGGACAUUUCCUUUUCCCAGUGCAGCCCCCUGCACUGCAUGCCAUGCUGUUCCCAAGACUACACCCUGAUCCCCAGGAACAGCAUUUUGGAGGCCGUGGAAGCCGCCCAAUGGAAGAAGGUGCAGGGAACAUUGAUUGCGCUUUUACUGCUUGCACUACAAUCCCAGGAGCUUGUUUUCUGUGCAAGCCAUUAGCCUGAUAUCUUAAUCAAGCACCAGGCAUCCUUGAAACAGAUGCAGACCUUUUGUUAUAAGUUUCUCCAGUAGUUAUUUGCACUUCCCUUAGUUGGAAAAGGGAAAUUGCUACAAAAGAACAAUCCAAAUAGCAGUUGUGGAAUACUUAGUCAGGGUUUUUUGUUUUUGGUGGGGGUUUUUACAACCAGACUAAGGCUUCAGUCCAGCAAGUCUCUUAAUGAGAGCACAAAAGGUUGUGGGAGUGUGAUAGUUUUGGGUUGGUGGUUGUUCUGCAAACAGGAACUCCCCAGUACAGCAGAGCACAUUCAAAGAGGCUUUUCAAGUUGCUUGUGUGUGGUGCUGCUGUUUACAGAAAAUAAGCAAAACAGUCUCCCUCUUGGAUUUCCUCUGGAUUGAGGUCAGUGGCUCAAUUUCCACAUUGUAUAACCAAAUCCUGUCACUGACUGUUUAAAAAUCUAAGCUGCAUUCAUUCAAAGGUAGGCUGUUAGUUCUUGCCUAGGAAAAGAACAUGAGAAUUAAGGCAUAAGCUGUCACUUCACUUUGUGAGCAUAACAAGAAAAGUGUAAGAGGAUAUAUCCUGUUAAUCCAAUCCUAUUUGUGGGUUGUACAGAAGUCUUUAACUUGAAAUUAAAGGAGGCGAACUAGCAGUGUGAGACUAUACAAGACUGGUGAAUAGUGCAAGUAUCUGUCGACGCUUCAUAUUAACUAACAAAUUGUUUAUUAUUUCAAAUUAUGAUGUUUAGCAAGAGGAUAACAGACAUGGAGGCCAUCCACACAAUCACAAACUGUGUUCUACCCAGGUUUGGGAGCUGUGUGUGCUCCCAAUUUUCAGUUGUGUGGAAGCAAAGUAAGAGGAAAAACUGGGUAGAAGUGACUCUGUGGAAGCAAGGCAGGAGGAAAAGCUACCCAGGUUUUCCUCCUACCUUGCUUCCACACAGUCACUUCUACCCAAACUGUGAACAGUUUUGAACUCGGGCACUACAAAUUCUGCACCAAGUAAAACUGGAUUUUUUUAAUUAUCUAUUCCAUUUUGCAUAAUUUACUGCUACUCCUAGGGAGGAGCAAGGAAGUAUGUAGAGCACUUGAAGCCUCAAACCUAACCAAUGGAGAUCUUAUUCGGCCACUGGUCCAGCUCCUGAGAUGGCAAUUUUUUAUUUUUUUAAAAAAAAUGUGAAUAUCAUAGAGACUAUUCACAUGCGCAGCCAAAAGCAGGCUAAGGCCACCAAGCCUGUUCUUUCCUGCACGUGUGAACUGCCUGGAACGCGGCCAGUCCCAAUGGCACUUCAGCAGCAAGCCCGCCUAGGGAGCCCACCUCGUAAACCACCCUGAGCCUUUUUGGAAGGGCGGUAUAAUAAUUAUUAUAAUUAUGAGGUUAAGGGAGCAGGUGCUCCGUUAGCCCCAUUUUCUGGACCCUUAGAACAGCCCUGCUGGAUCAGGCCCAAGGCCCAUCUAGUCCAGCAUCCUGUUUCGCACAGUGGCCCACCAGAUGCCACUGGAAGCCUACAGGCAGGAGUUGAGGGCAUGCCCUCUUUCCUGCUGUUACUCCCCUGCAACUGGUACUCAGAGGCAUCCUGCCUUUGAGGCUGGAGGUGGCCCACAGCCCUCCGACUGGUAGCCAUUGAUAGAGCUCUCCUCCAUGAAGUUGCUUAGGGUAUCCUGGCAGUCGAGAGUAUCCUCACAAUGCACUGUACGCUUGUGUGGUGCAUUGUGGGAUUUCUGGGGGCUUGGACAGCACAUCCUGACUCGCACCUCUGCGCUACUGGGGGAAGCAGUGGAGCAUCUGGGCAUGUGCGAUUGUAUACCCUGACCAUCCAGACCUGGCAGCUGGAUCAUCUGCUGCCUUUCCUACCCUCAAGCCCUCUCAAGUGAUCGUGAGAAAGGGCUCAUAGUCUGGGGAAAUAUUCCUUAUACUGUAUAGCCACAUACACUAUGCCUUUGCAGCUUCCACGUAUUUGCCCCCUCCACAUGAUUUUUGUGUGGUCCCAUAAAAUAAAUGUGGAACCCUUUUGUCUCUCUCUUUUUAAGCUCCCUGGAAAUGUCUUGGCAACUUCAGUCUGCAGUGGAUAGUAUGUUCACUUUCUUUUUUGAAUUGUAUCAAAAUAAUGUCUGUCCGAUCAAAACAAUACCAGUGUAUAAUGGUCCUCUGAAACAAGGGAGUCUCAAAAACCACCUAGUUUUUUAUAUGUGAAUCAGCCCAUACGCUCUGUUUGCAGGAGUUUAGGUAACUUCUGCAAACAAAACUUUCAGUCCUGUACUCAGAGGAUAUGGAUUGUGUGGUUAUUUACACUGUUACUGAUUAUAUCAGUUACCCCCUGCUUAACUGGGCAAAGAGAUACUUCUUUAAGUGUUGAUUCUUUCACAGGGAGAGCAACUGUCCCUAUUCAUGCCAAUAUAGUAUCUCUCCUGAUGAUGGCUGAUGCUCAUGAAUCCUUUAGAGACAAACUAUUUUCUCAUGCCUUUUGCUAUGUAAACCACUGAGAACCUUUUUUGUUGAAAAGUGGUUUAUAAAUAUUAGUGCUGCUACCUUUGGUGUAGUGAUGCUGACAGCCAUGCUAAUCUUCCCUGGAAGACUAGGAACUGGUUACAGAGGAAGUAAAGGAACUGAAAUUAGCUAUGUCCCAUUCAUUUCAAUGGGACUUACACUGGAUCCUGCCCUUUAUAAUCAAUCAAUCUCACACUGAGGCUAUUCCCACAAUUGCCCAAAAGUGAGCUUAGGGAGCCCAGCCCGCUUUGGGGCAAUCGUGUGCUGCAACGGGAGCCACACGCCUCCCGGCAGCUAGCCAUGAUAAAUCCCCCUUCCUUUAAAUGAGGUUAAUAGAGCGAUCACUCUGUUAACCAUGUUUUUGCACUCGUGUGUUGCCGUGGCAUGCAGUGGCACACGAGUAGACCCCUUGCUGGGACCGCACAGGGCAUCCUGGAACUUCCAGAGGCCACACGGCCCAUGAUCCCCGCAGCCCCCGCCGGCUCUGUGACAGAGCCGGCAGCUGUGUGGGUGGCCGAUCCGGCCAUCCAGCUACAAGCGGCUGCUCAUCUGCAGGGAGAGUGGGCUAAGCCCGCAGUACCCCAUCAGACACUUUGCACGUGUUGUGUGAAGCACCUCACUGUGUGUGUGUGUGGGGGGGUAUUUUAUACACAGGCCCAUACAUAUAUAAACAUUGCAGCCAGGAUUGUCUAAAGGGUGGGGGUGCGCUGGAGGGAGGUUGCUCAUAGGUGCCCCCUCCCCAAACUAUUUUUCAGUAGAGGGGACACAAACAGCGUUCCCUCUAAGGUGUGUGCAUGUGCGCGUGCUCACAUGUUUUUUGAUGUCUACUCAGAUAAUUUUAGAUCCCGCUCAGGUUGAAUCAGGAAGACCCCGCUUGGAAUUCAUGUGCAUGCACACUGCCUUGAUACCACCACUCAGAACAAAACUCAUUCUGCACACAGAUGAAAAAAAUUAAAGGGAACACUGGGCACAAACCCUUUUUGCCUUGGGCCCUGCAAAAGCUAGACAAAGACAACCACAAAAAAACCAUACCCCCAAGUCUUGCAUGAGUUUUCCUUCUAGUCCCAAGGAGAGCUGAAGACCAAAAUAGCUUACUGAAACUCUAUAGGAUGACCACAAAAACAUAAUCAAAUAUCCCAGGCAUUAGCGUUCUUUCAAGCCUCUCUGCAAGUGGGCUCAGGGCCAUCUGCUGCAAUUCCACAGGAGCACAGAAAAAGUGCAGGGUUUGUAGGGUUCCAGAACUCAGAUUGUUGAGAACCUCACCUUUUUUUUAAAAAAGGGAAAUGUUUGUAAAACCUUAUAGCUGCACAGAUAUGCUUGAAAGUGCAUGAGCCACAUCUGCUGUCAGCCCAGUGGCGAAAUAAAGGUUUCCAGUUGUUGGGGUUAAAGCUUCAGUAUCCUUGCCUUGCCCAUGGCCAACUAAACAAGGGCAUUCCUUUCAUGCAGCAUGCUGGGGCAAUUGCCUCAGAUGGUAAGAUUAGUGGGGUGCCCUGCUGGCACCCUACCAUCACCAUUAGAGCAGCUCUUUGGUUUUGAAAGGAGACUAGCCCCCCACCAGGGGCAUGAGACAAGGCAGCAUUUUGCACCUUGCCUCAGGUGCUGCAAUAUCUUAGGCCAUCCCUGCAGCCAAAGUAUGCAAAAUGGGAAUGUUGCAAAUAUGCAGACCUCUAAACAAGUUGCAUUUUUUGCCAUAGAGAUACAGUAUUCAAAUUUGUUUUAACGAAGUAUAUAUAGCCCUGCCUUACGGGAUAGAAAUUUGCUUUAAAAUGAAAACAGGUUCUAAAGAUGCUGAAUUUUACAUCCAGUAUCCAUUUUUGGACUUACACGGAGGCAUGGAGGCAGUUGCAGAGCUCACAGCAUUGCCAGUAGUAUUUAGAGCUAAUGUUUUGUGACAGACCAUAGCUGCUUUUGCACAAUUUUGACCAUAUUAUCUAACAUGAGCUGUUUGGGUGAUUUCUUUCUCUUUCAUGAGGGUACAGCAAACAUUGCUGCUUGUUUAUUAUUUAUUUAUUCAAUUUCUAUACCACCCUUCCAAAAAUGGCUCAGAGCGGUUUACACAGAGAAAUAAUAAAUACAUACAUACAUACAUAAAGAUGGAUUCCUGUCCCCAAAGGGCUCACAGUCUAAAAAGAAACAUCAGAUAGACACCAGCAAUAGUCACCGGAGGUACUGUGCUGGGGGUGCAUAGGGCCAGUUACUCUCAACCUGCUAAAUAAAGAGAAUCACCACAUUAAAAGGUGCCUCUUUGCCAAAUUAGCUUGGGCUUAUUGCAGAUACUCUGCUAAUCUCUGCUUCUCUAGGACAGUGAGCUGUUUUUCAGCCUUGAACUAUAAGAGGCCCAAAUCAAGACAUUAAGAUAAGAUCACUUACACCUGACUUAGUUAGCCUCGGCAACAAGUGGGGGAGCAGUGUUCCCUCUAAGGAACACGUGUAUGUGCACACAAAAAAUUUAAUAUCUGCUCAGUUACUUUUAGAUCCUGUUCAGGAAGGCCCCAUUCUGAAUGCAGUUGUGUACACACUGCCUUGAUUCUUUGCCCAGAACAAAACUCAUUCUGUGCACAGAUGAAAAAAAACUAGACAAAAAACUGGGAGGUGGAGUGUAUAAUUGUCAACGUGUGUUCAGAAAUCCAGACAGCACAUAGAAGAAAAAGGCAUAGAAGGGAAACAUCUUGAAUUUAUACCGAAGCAGUUUUGAAGACAUCUGGGACAGAAUCAAGCGUGAAAACCUUUUGAAAGCAAGCCCAGAGUGGGAGGGGAUAGAUAUAUUUUGAAACUUAUUUUUUGAGUCUUUUGAUGUUUACUACUGCUAUUGCUUUUAAUUGUAACUGAAAAUUUCUUAAUGAAGCUAUGUACCUACCUUGA